UUUCACAGUCAGUAGUUAUUGUAUAUUCAAAGAAUCUAAUUCCUCUGUCAGAUUUUAUACUUUUCUUUUGUUUUUUAUGAGCAUGAUGCUAUCUCGGGUUUUCUGACUAUUUAAUUGAAAGGAAUUGACCAUGAUGCGGUAGAAAAUUUUGAUUACCUCAAGUUUCAGUAUUUUGAAGGAUUUUUUUAUCGAUGUGAAUUUAUGAUAGAGAUGAAGCAGAGGUGAAUAAUGAUCUUUAUUCUUCGCCUGAAAAUUGCGUGUUAACUUUUGUGGAGACAUUGUCUUUCCAUCAUUAGUUGCUCUAGAAAUAAAAAAAAAACUCAAGAACGCAGAUGGGUGAGAUUGAUGACAUUGCGGAGUCGAAAAGUGUAGUCUUCGUGACUGUUGGAACAACUAGUUUUGAUGCAUUGGUUAGAGCUGUAGACAGUAAGGAGGUCAGGGAAGCUCUGUUUAGAAAGGGCUAUACUGACCUUGUCAUUCAAAUGGGCCGGGGGUCUUACAUCCCGUCAAAGUGUAGUGGAGAAGAUGGGUCCUUAUCUGUUGCUUAUUUUACAUUUUCAUCAAGCAUAGCUGAGUAUUUGAAGUCGGCAUCUGUCGUAAUCAGUCAUGCAGGUUCUGGGAGCAUAUUUGAGACGCUCCGACUGAGGAAACCCCUGAUUGUAGUGGUGAAUGAAGAUUUAAUGGACAAUCACCAAAGUGAGCUUGCUGAACAACUGGCCGAAAGAAACCAUUUGUUCUGCGCUUGGCCGCAAACUCUUUAUGAGACCAUUUCUGCUAUGGAUCCAAAUUCUCUUGUACCUUAUCAACCCGGUGAUGCUACACCGGUUGCUAAAUUUAUUAAUAGGUUUUUAGGUUUCGUAGAUGAAUGAUUAUCAAAUGUAAACUCUACUGUUUUGAAUACAGAUGGUUAUCUUAUAAUAAAAACAAUGAUAUUCAUAUAAUAUAUUCGUCAUUUUAUGCA